ACUGGUGUGUUGUGUUGACAGAGAGGGCUAGCUGCCGUGUGUGUGUGUGUGUGUGUGUGUCGUGUGACAAAUGUAUGAACUAUAGGUUCAUCCUCACACCUCUCUCCUCCACUUGGUGGCUGGUAAACACCAUCUGAUACAGUCUCAACUGCGCCAACAAACUGCGGUAUUAAUGACCAACUUUACAUGUUCAGACUGUCUGCGACACGGAGGUGUGUUGUUAGGCAGUUCUAUAGUGAAGGUCCUGAAGGUCUACACGUUGUUGCCAAUCACGCACGCUGCAGACCAUUCAAACAUGGACUACACUCAGUCUAAGCGAUAUCUCGGUGGUGGUUUAGUUAUGUCAUCUUUCCUCCCUCCCUCCCCUACUCCCCCC